GGAAAAGAUGUAUAGCUGUCCCAUUUGUCUGUCAUAAAAGAACAAAGUAGAAGUAACAUAAAGUGCACUAAAUCUUGGUCAUUUCAUUGAUGAACACAGUCCAAAAUCUCCAACGUUCUCAUUUUCAAAAACUAAAUUCUAAUGGAGCCAAACUUUUCUUACAAAAAUCACCACUUUCUCGUGUCAUCUUACACCCACCACUCCUUCCUCUUCACUCUAAUUCCAGCACUCUGAUGAUUUGAUCUAAUUCAUCAACCACAUUCUUCUGUUUCCAGAUAUCAUGGGAUGGACCUUAUUUGCAUGUUUUGGUUAUACAAAGAAGCGAAAACGCCCUAAGCGACCCUCGUACUUAGGUUCCAAGAUCACAAGAGUUUAUGUUGGAUGGCAGAGAACACGAGCUCGAGGGUAUCAACCAUUGAAGUCUGAUGAAGAUUCUAGAGAAUUGGAUGUAUCAGAGCCUCUUGGCAAUCAAAGGGAGAAGCUAAAAGCUGAAAAGAAAGCAAGGAUUCAAAAGAAAGUGAGGUUCAAUUUGGAUGUGGUGACUUAUGAGCCACUUAGCUCAUAUCAUGAUGAACAUGAAGAUACUGACUCGGAUGGAAAUGAUGAAGGCAAAGAAAAUAAUGAGCCAGCACCCAAAAAAGCCUGUGUAAUCUAUGCACCUGUGGCUGUCAGCAAUAGUAUGUUAAAACUGCCAUUAAUUUCAUCAAAUCAUAGAUACAAUAACUGUUAUGAUGGCGAAGAUGAAUACGAAGAUGCUGGGGACGAGGAUGAUGAUCAUAUUACUGAUGAUGAAGAUAUGGACGAGGAUGAGCGAGCUAAUGAAGAUAGUGAUGAUGGUUGCACGACUGAUCGUAAGAAGUUAUACUAUGAAGAGAUAAUGGAUGAGGAACUCGGUGACAGCUCGUCGAUGCCUCUCAUUGGUUCUGCUACAAAUGCUCGACUAAGGAGUCACUACAUUUUACCGGUGCUGAACCCUAUAGAGAAUCUUUCUCAAUGGAAGGCAUUGAAAAACAAGAACAGUAAAAUGCUAAAAUCUUGAGUAGAAUGUGGGAAGAAAAGUAAAAGUGUGUGAGAACAAUUUCAUUUUGCUGUGUCUCGGUUAUCUUGUUCGCGUUUGUGAGUGACAAAGUUUUUUCUGGAAUAAAUAUACAACUGUAUUUCUUCUC